AUGGCCCAAGCAAUUUACGCUCUUUCUACCGCUCUCAAGUCCAUCAAGUCUCUUGCUCCCCUCCUGGACCGUAUCCUGGUUCAGCGCAUCAAGGCCGAGUCGCGCACCGCCGGUGGUAUCUUUCUGCCGGAGAGCAGUGUCAAGGACCUCAACGAGGCCAAGGUCCUUGCCGUCGGCCCCGGUGCGCUCGACAGGAACGGCAACCGCAUUGCCCCUAGCGUCCAGCCUGGCGACAAGGUCUUGAUUCCUCAGUUUGGUGGUAGCCCCGUCAAGGUUGGCGAGGAGGAGUACUCCCUCUUCCGCGACCAUGAUAUCCUCGCCAAGAUCAACGAGUAA